AUGGCAUUACUUGGCAUAUUUCUCUGUCUUUGGAUAUUCGGCCUGAUAAUGUUUGUGCUUGCAUUAUUGCAAAAGAGGCGUUACCUAAAGAAACAGCUGUCCCGGCAGCACAAACUAUCAUCGAAUCCCAUACUCCUUUCGUUUUUCCACCCUUACUGCAACUCGGGCGGAGGUGGCGAACGCGUUCUCUGGGUCGGUAUUAGUACUCUUCUUCAGCAUCACCAAAACCUCCUCAUCUUCAUCUACACCAAUGAUUCUGAAUGCCUCAAAGCCCCAAAGACUGUAUUCUCGCGUAUCAAAAAUACCUUCGAUAUUAGUAUUGAGGACUAUUCGAGGGUCAAAUUUAUUCCUCUCUACUCAGAAGUUCUUCUCCGACCCGUCUUGUAUCCCUGUUUAACUCUUGUCGGUCAAGCCAUUGGAUCUGUCAUUGCGGCCUUGGAAGCCGUCGCACGGCUUCCGUGUGAUGUGUUUCUUGACACGACUGGCUUCGCUUUCUCCAUCCCUAUUUUCUCCUGGCUCAUCGGUGCGUCGUGUGGCGCUUACGUCCACUUUCCAACGGUGUCCUCGGACAUGGAAAAACGUUUGAUCUCAAGAGAGCCCGACGACGCCACGAGUUAUAACAAUUCAGAGCGUAUUCGUAGGAGUUUGGUUCUCACGACGUUGAAGCGUUUGUACUAUGCGCUAUUUAAAAUAGCCUAUGGUUGGGUGGGAUCUAGUACAAACUGCAGACAAGUUGCUGUAAACUCCUCGUGGACCCUACGACACAUCGCUGCCCUGUUUGGAAGUCUACCUUUUCUGCUCUAUCCCCCUUGUCCGUGCCUAACAACAGACGGUGGAAAUGGAAGACAACGCAAGCCCUGGAUUAUCUCUAUCGGACAGUUCAGGCCCGAAAAAAACCACCAGUUAACGCAUGAAACCCAAUCUAUGAUAGAUGCAGAGGAAUCAACCCAACAUCACGCACCUUCCUGGAAAUCCACAUUUAUACCUAUCUCUUACCUCUUACAGCUUCAGCUAAAGGCCUUUGAGCUCUUUCUCAAGAAAAUUGUCGGCAAUAAGACCCCAUACCGCCUGAUUUUAAUCGGUGGUUGCCGUAAUUACGACGACUUUAACAGAGUUCGGAGCCUCAGGGAGACAGUCGCGAAAAUGGGUCUCACGGAGUGGCAGGUCACUUUCGAGGUGAAUGCCUCCACAGCCAAAGUGAAACGCUACCUCCGCGAGGCGACUGUCAACCUCCACACCAUGGUCGAUGAGCACUUUGGAAUCGGAAUCGUCGAGGGCAUGGCGUCGGGUCUCGUGACGGUGGCCAACAGGUCAGGGGGACCGCUAACCGACAUCAUUGGUCCUGUGCAGGGCCAGCUGAAUUCCGACCCGAGCAAGGCCAGGCCCACACCCGUGGGCUACCUAGCCUCGACGGCGGAGGAGUACGCGGACACUCUCUUCUAUGUGCUGGUGAAAGCGACGCCCCGUCAGCUGGACCCCCUGCGAGCAGCUGCGAAGGCUCGCGCCGAAGACCUCUUCUCUGAGGAGGCCUUUUCAAACGGGUGGCUCCAGUUUACGCGGAGGUUGGGACUUUAG